AAACAUUAAUAAUAUACUAUUCGAAUAUAGUAAGUGUAGAAAUUAAUUGUGUGCCUUUCUACGGUAAAUUUACCAUUUAUUUGUCAAGAAAAACCAUACAGCUUUUAAUUUUCCCUCAGUCACACAUUUCAAGAAAAAACAUGUGGAAUUCAUUGCUAUAUUGAUACUGUAAUGUAAGAAAAUGGCGGGUAUAUACAUCUGUUUAAGUUACAAUUACAAAUAAUUAAAUGUAAAGGGAUUUACAUUUUGUACUUAUGUUUUGUACUUUACAACGAAAAAACAUAUUGAAUGAACACCAAAACGACUAGAAGCGAUUCUUGAGGCUACAGUAAUCCGUAAAAAAAUAUGUAAUAUGCUAAAAAUACUUUCUGAACUACAAACGUUUUUAUUUAUUUAUUUUUUUUUUUUUUUUAAUUAUUAACAUUCCUAAGUCAACGUAUUGUCUCUGUAUCUCGAAGAACCAAAACACAUAGAUUAUACUAACGUACUACUUUACAGAUCAUCUUCGAAACGAGUACGUAAAUACUUUUUUGACCCACUGUAGCUUGAGGUCCUACGAAGUCUAGAUUCGUUGCUGGAAGGAAAGGCUCGGCUCGCAGUUUGCCUUCUUCGUCGGGUUCCCGAAGGUGACCGAAGUUGUCGUGGCUCGCGUGCACGCGGCCCCGUGCGUCGGUAUAUGUACGGAGAGGGGGGAAAAUUGUCUGCGACCCGCGUCUACAAUCUGGCAUCACUGCUCAUACGUUCAGCGAUGCGGCGUGCACGGUGGGCUGACUCGUUCGCGCAGACUCGGGCGUCUUCGUGUUCUCGCCGGGUUUCCGCAAAGGGAAAUAAAGAAAGGAAGGCGACCAAGCGCGCGCGGGUCUCGCGCAAAAAUCAUUAAAACGCGUGCUCGAUUCGCGGCUGCGGCGUCGUUGUCGGCUCGUAGUCUACGAUUUAUUAGUGGGUACACGAGGCGUACCCACCCGCCUCGCUCUGGCUACCCACCGGCCGGCUGCAUAAUACGACACCGUCCGUCCGUUUUCUCUCCGUCUUUCCUCCGCGAUUCCUUGAAAGAACAUCACUGGCCGCCACACUACCACGCGCGGCCCGUCCGACUCCGCCGUUUUCCGUUUCCAUGUCGAACUACGACGUCUGGAACGAGCUAGAAACGAACGACACGCGCUUAACCAUGGAGUGGACCCGCGACAAGACCCUCGAGCUGCUGCGCGAGUAUCAACAACGACGCGUUCUCUGGGACUGGAAUGCCCGCGGUUAUCGCGAUCGUGCGAAACGUAAACGCGCCAUCCAGGAGCUCGCCGAGAUCCUCUGUUGCAACACCCUCGAAAUCGAGAAGAAAAUCACGAAUCUCAAGUGCCAGUACUCGAGGGAGGUGCACAAAAUACAGAACAGCCGCGAAGCUGCCACCGGGCCCGACGAUGUUUACGUGUCCAAGUGGUUCGCGUUCAAGGCGAUGCAGUUCCUGCAGUUCGGCACACGCAGAUAUAGCAAACGAAAGAAGAAAGUCGAGGAAGAGUCACCGAAGUUGCAGGAGGAGUACAUAGUUAGUGACAUCGAUCCUGAGAGCAUAACGUUUAUAGACUGUAACGAGGAAACGAACGGCUCGGGAACUGGUUCCUUCAACGCCUCGUUGAGCGAGGACGCCGAGGAGUCGUCAUCGUCGAGCUUGAAGGCGUUGAAACUUUACAAUGGCUCGCUGCAAGAUCACAACAGCCCCAUCGGCGACUUGGACGAGACCGGCCAAACGAACUUCGAGGUCCAGUCGAAUGAACGGAAACGGACGAAAGAGGAGUUCGCGAAAUUCGCCGAGAGCAUCGCCGUCCAAUUGGCGGAGAUCCCGGAUUCUUACUCGAGGUCCGUCGCGAAGCUCAGGAUUAAUCAAAUCCUUUUCGAAGCGGAGAUCGGCGUUUACGCGCAAACGCGUCGCUAACAAGUGCAAUUAAGGGACACUCCGACGCUUCGAUUGGUAGCUCCGCGGCUCACAUUCCAAUGCUCAGAACGAACGACGAUUACCGUGGUGAAAUGUAUCAGCCACGGAAAUUGUGUACUAUUCGCGGUACGAUUUCCCCGUACGACUUUUCGAGAAAUGAACUGAAUGAAAAUACCAUGAGAAUCACCGUUUGCGUUGAUGUAAGAGCUUUCUUGACAAGCUAGACGCUUCGAGCAUUGUUUCGUACAACAUUAUCGAGCUCUCGAUACUUUAUCUACCGGCUAAGUCUGCUGAAAUACUGUCUAUAUGUUUAUUUCGAAAUUAAGAAGUAUACACCAACACUUCAAUGUAUGCAUGCCAUCAAUUUUUAACUGUUUUCGUAUGUAAUUACACCUAGUAUAACUGAAAACUCUAAAACAUUAUCAUUGUACUGCUCGAAUCAACUAACUUGUCAAGAAGAUGGACUCGGAUGAUCACUACUAACGUUGGCAUGGAAAUAGUUUAUAAAACGGAAAAAUUGAAAAGAGACAAAAUUGUUCCGUUUUAAUUGAAAUGAAUAAGUAAUAUUAAUUAGCGCACCGCGACGACAGUAGGUGCAAAUAUUUGUUGUAACGUUAUGAAAAUAAUCUGUAAUAGCUGAAAUUGGUUGGUCGUGUUAUAAUGCAGAACCGAUUUUAACAGCACUUCCAAUUUUACUAUAGGACCAUAGUUGAUUUUUAAAGUAAAGUUGAUCGAGAAGUGACAAUACGAUGUUUGCCACCGAUUAAUGAUUACUAGACUGCGGAUCAUUAUGCGUUUAUAGAAAAUUUGAAUGUGCAAGAGACUACAAAAUGCAUACGAUAUGCAAGAAUAUAAAAAAGAUUGAAAGUAAAGUUCAUAUUAUAAUAUCUACAGAAUAAAAUAAAUUCCUAUUUAGGUUCAAUUUUUGUAGGCACAUUUAAAAAGAUUUUAUUUUGCAUAAAAAUCCGCAGUCUAACGAUUACCAAGACGAUGGAAUCAUUGAACAUGUAAACAUUGGCAGAAACUUGUUUAAACAUAAAGGGAUUCUCAUUUUCCAUGGUCCAGUUACUCGAGUAAAAGAACGAUGUCCCUGAAGUGGCGCAUCAAUCAUCGUACGUACUACGUAGUCAUAGAAUGUUAUGCAAAGCUUAAAAUCAAUGAUCGAUAGUCUUAACGAAAGUUAAAGGUGUGAGAUUUUAGACGGAACGCGUUGAAAAGUUUAACCGAAUUGCAUAUUUGUCCUUCCUCGAGGCGCGAAACUUCGACGAUAAGAUCGUACGAUGAAGUAUGAAAGAUCGCGAGUUAUCGUAGCUCAUUGUGUGACGUAAUUUACGAUCUGCAUUUGUAAAUUAAAAUAGCGGAAUACCAUUUACUGUACCGCUCAUUAUAAAGUAAGAAAACUGUUUACACUUAAUAUUAUAUUUUUUUGAUAAUUGUACACAAUUGGAACUCUUCCUGGGAGAUAAUUGUUCAAGGCCCCAGGAACAAAAUUAAAAAUUACUCUAAACAAAAGACAAACAAAACAAAUACUCUACGUACGUUUAAGAUUAUUGCGUGGAAUCAAAAGUGCUAAAGAAAUCUUUCUCGAAGUGGUCUUUCAUGUUUAUGUGCGUUGCUUGCAAGAGUACGUGAACCCUUCGAGUAUUAUAGAUUCCAAAAGUUUUCAAAAAUUUGGUAAUUAAUUUGUGCCAAUUCUUUACGUUUCAGUUGUAUGAUAAUGUAUUUGUCUCGUAUGUUCUUGCGUACGAUGAAAUCCUCGUUACGUUAUGGAAGCUGUGAGGGAGUCAUGUAUGUACCGUAAAUGCGUUGAUUAUUUCAAAAUCUGUAGGAGGAAAGGGAGAUGUUGAAUUAUCUUUAAAUUCACGAAUGCCUUUUACGUAUCGAAAAGACCUCGAAAUGCACGUAACGGUUCUAAUCGUAAGCUUCGAUUCACGAGAAAGACUGUAUUUUAAAGGGCACUGUUUUCCCGUAAUCUUAUUUGUCUACCCACGGUGACACUAAUCGAAUAUUUUUUAAGUGGUCUAUUGUCGGUACUUGUGUACAAUUGUUGAAUGAGGUGUUACUCAUGUUCGAUAGAAAUAGCGAAUAUGUGAUUUUUAGAUGUAAAAUACGCAAAAUGUCGGUGUCAUUUGAGCCAGUUUUAACGGGAAAUGAUUCACGCGGUAUAGUGGUAAACCUUUUUGACGAGUACUGUUCGAAUACAUUUGACGAAAAUUCAAUGUAACAAUUGGAGAGAGAAUUCGUAUCUUUUCGUACAAUUUUUAUCGUAGUACCAUACAAUACUCUAAUUUUAUUAUUUUAUUUUAUCUGCCUUAAUUAAAAUACAGUGUGACUGAGUUCCUAGAACAAAUAUCGUUUCUCACUUGUAAAGUAUUAAAAUUGAGGUGUAUGCUUUGAUGAUCGUAUUUUUUUUUUAUAUAUAUAUAUAUACAAAAAUUGUCUUGAACGAUCUUAGUUUACCGAUUGUAAGUUAAUUAUUAAUUAUUAACUUGCCGAUUAAUUUUAUCAAACGAAGUUUCGUGAGAUUAGCUCUCUAAUAACAUCGUUCGUCAUUUGUGUCUGGUACAAUCUGCCUCAACGGUGACUUAGAUUAUAAGUAUUUCAUUGGUAUUGUUUCAGGGCUUUAAAUAGUAGACUUAGUAAGCUGUAUAAAUGGCGAACUAUUUUUUAUCAAAACAAAUUCCCUCCGUAAAGACAAAGAAUAUGUCUUCUUAAAUCAUUUAUCUUUGGUUCGUAAAAAGACUGUGUCGUAUUUCAUAUCAUGAACAUUAGGUCUUCCUUUAAUAGUUAUGUAGUGUAUACGCAUGAUUUAUCAAUCUCCGGUGCAUGUCUUUAUAAUGUUAUUCAUUGUUGUUCCUGAUUCUGCGAUAAUUUUAUAUUUUUGUAUUAUCAUUUCUAAAGUCUUCACUUGCGAUUAUUAAAGACUAAGGUAUAUACUUUAAAGUAAUCUACUUAAAUAUUUUGUUCUUUACGAUACAUCUCUACUACGUAAGUUUCUUCUUCUUUUUUUUUUUAAUUUUCAUUAAACAAAAUUGGUCCUAAGACCAACAUCA